AUGAGAGUACUUCCAUUUCGAGUGGAAGUGUUGCGUGAAGAGAUUCGAAGUUCGGUUCCACCAGAAGACCAACUGUCGACUGGCUUUACUGGAAGAUUCAUGCUGACGCUGUUUCCGAGGCAAUCUCGUUCGAUUCCGGUGCCUCGGAAACAGCGUCAGCAUGAAUCUUCCAGUAAAGCCAGUCGACAGUUGGUCUUCUGGUGGACCUGA